UUGCCGCAGCCAGUCGCAAGUGUUCAUGCACGAGUAAGCAUCGCAUGCAGUGAAAAAAUGGCAUUAGCCCUAGCAGCCGCCAUCCGCCGCGGCGAGCGCACCUGCUUAGCGGUCGCAGAGGAGGCCGUGCGCCGCGCGAGAACCUCGAAGCUCAACGCCUUCGCUAGAGUAGAUGCAACUGCAACGAAUAGAAAACUACCCGACGGACCGCUGCGCGGCGUGCCGGUCGCCGUCAAGGACUCCAUAUGCAUCAAAGAUGAAACGCCAACGGCCGGCAGCCGUGCCGUCGGAAGUUGGAAAGCGCGCGAGGACGCUUUUGCAGUGGCGCGUUUACGGGAAGCCGGCGCCAACGUCAUCGGCAGUACAAAUUGUGACGAAUUCGGCAUGGGCUCGACGGGCGAGACCUGUCAACGCGGUUUCACAAGGCACCCCCUCGAUUUGAGAAGGGCGCCGGGCGGGUCGUCGUCCGGCUCGGCCGCGGCCGUCGCCUCGAGUAUCGUGCCGCUCGCGCUCGGGAGCGACACGGGCGGCUCCAUCCGGUUGCCGGCCGCCUGGUGCGGCGUCGUCGGCGUCAAGCCGACCUACGGCCGCGUGUCUCGACGGGGUUUGUUGGCCUACUGCUCUUCCACGGACUGCGUCGGCGUCUUUGCGCGAUCUGUCGAGGACGCCGCGUUUGCUCUCGGGCUUAUUGCGGGCCAUGAUGACGGCGACGCGACGUCUAGUCAAGAGUGUGUCCCAGACUACCUUUCAAUGCUCUCUAUCCCAACAAACGACCGCGUCGCUUCUAUCAAUGUAGAGGUCGACGAUGACAUAGAAAGCGUCGUGGCGGGCGCGUCCAACGCUCUGAAGGCCGACCAAUGCGAUGCGCUCUCUCCCCAAUUCCUGCGGGACUGCGCCGCGGCCUACCACGUUUUGGCAGCGGCCGAGGCGCACUCGAAUCUGGCGAGGUACCACGUCAACCAUGAGAACCCGCCCUUCGGUGCUGAAGUAACAAGGCGCGUGGCCCUCGGUAAGAGGCUGCUCGGCGAGCGCCACGCCGAGGGGUUGUAUGAGAGGGCCGUCGACGUGAGGGCGCAGGCGAGGGCGCGCCUCGACGACGUGUUGUCCUCUGUGGAUGUGUUAAUGCUCCCGGUCGCGCCGACGGCGGCGCCGAAGCUCAACGCUCCGUCGGUCAUCACGAAGGAGGCCCGGGGCUCGCUCGCGCGCGACCUGCGCGACGACCUCCCGCGGGACUACGCCAACGACUUCCUGACGGCCUUCGCGUCGCUCGCCGGCCUGCCCGCGCUCUCGGUGCCGUUCGGCCGCACGUCGGGCGGCCUGCCCGUCGGCGUCCAGGUUGUUGGAAAGGCCUUCGACGAAGCCGCUGUGCUGCGCACGGCGCGGCGCCUGGAAUUGAUUCGCGACGACGCGCUGUCGUCGCCGGCGCGGCGCGUGUUGCUCUCCGAGGACGACUAA